GUAUGCAGCUGCUUGUCAACAAGAUGGCCUUCCUCCCCUCGCCGUUUUAACACAGAUUAUUUUGGUAUCCCCGAGAACAUACUGUGAAAGCCCGUGACACUUCUAAACAGACAGCGGGGGAGCGGCUGCCGGGAGGCCCGCUUUGGCGUGCGGUCAAGUGGACCGUGUUAAGGGAACGGACAGGCCGAAACGCGGCGACGGUGGCCAGCACUAAGCAAGGUUGAUAAAACAGAAAGUAGCUGGGGGCUAAUGUCGACGUUAGCCUGCUAGCGGGUUAGCCUAGCUACGUGGACUCGGGAUAGGCAACUCGUGUCACCUGUACUAGUUUGGUUGGAGGAAAACCCAGCCAACCAGGACUUGUCACUGACCUUCUGCUCACCGUGGGGUUUCUGUGGAGAACAACAUAACAGAACUUGGCUUCCCAGAAAACCAGAACGGAUGAUUCUGUCGGAGUAGCGUCACCGUGUAACCUCCAUCCCCUCCGCAAAGGUUUUAUGCCCGGUGUCGGUCUUACUGCCAGCCUGUUGGCGACUGGAACAGCGUGGAACCAUGAGAGCUCCUGGUGUUUGCUGGCCAGCAUAGAUGCAGAUAUGCCACGGUGGUCCCCAUCCUGAUGGACCGAGACACCUUCUCCCACAUCCGGCUGUGGUGCCCCCGCCCCUUCGGCACCUACUCCCAGAACAAGGCUCGGAGCCCGGGCUCGGGGGGCAGCAGUGGCGGCGCCAGUGGAGCGGGAUCCCCCUCGCUCUGCAAGGCGGAGCACUCUCAAGGGGCCAGGAGGGCCCCGGAGGAAAGUGAAGAUGUAGGGAUGAUGGUCGGGGUCAAGGAGGGAAAGGAGGAGGAGGAUGUGGGGUCGGAGAACACGCCGCCUGAUCCCGUGCUCGAGCCUAGCUCCGUGCCACAGAGCCAGGCCUCUCAGCCUCCUUCUGCUCCGCCCUCUCCGCCCAAUGCAGGGUCUCAGAUGCAAGAUGGCCGCGUGCUGCUGGACACCUGGUAUGUUAUCAAACCAGGGAACACAAAGGAGAAAAUAGCCUUCUUCGUUGCACACCAGUUCAGUGGAGCAGGCCAGCCCAGACCGAGUGCCAUGAAGGUCAAAGGUAACUGGGCGACGGACUGCAGCAAGGCCAAACGACGAAGGCGGUGUUCAUCUUACGACCCUCCAACGCGCUCUCAAGCUCCGACUCCCGACGGCUCCGUUGGACCUCCGAGCCCCGACGACAGUCUGCAGCUGGGCGUGAAUGAGACGGAUCUGCUUUCUGUGGCAGAGAUGGUUGCCUUGGUGGAGCAGAGGACCGCCAUGGCCCUUCAGGGCAUCGUGGCCGUUCACGGAUCCCAGCAGCACCAGUCGCUCCCCACCACCCACAGCCAGGGCUUCGCCCCCGGCCAGCACACCGUGCUCCGAGGCAGAGCGUCUGACCCCUCUCCUAUGCUGUUUGAAUCCGACAGUUCGGACGGUCAGGCCUCCCGAGAAUCCCAAAAGCCAUCGUCUCACACCCAGACGGACCAGGAGCUGGAGGAGCAGCAGGAGUCGUUCAGGGUAGCUCAGGCCAUUGCACACUUUGAGUCUCAAACCCUGGAGAAUCGCCUCCAUCUGGGUAAUGGACCCUCGGUGCACGGCAGUAAUCAAGGCGGAGAUGGGGAGCCGAGGAGAGGAGACGCCCUGACGCCGCCCCCGCCGCCCAGCCACAGCCACGGGGAGGUGAGGAUAGCUUUCAGGGUGUCAAACAUGGACCCCCGCUCCCAGCUGGAGCCCGCUGGCCGGUCCCGCUGCAUGUUUAUGAGCUGCGGCGGGGGGAGCAACCAGGCGGCUGCCAGGGCCAAAGAGAAAAUCACCUGUGACUUGUACCAGCUCGUCAGUCCGUCAUCGAGAGACCCCGGCAGUCUGCUGCUUGCUGCCACGGCUUCGGCCCCCAAAGCAGACGGCGACCUCCACCAGGACAAGCCGAGCUGCGGCAGCCCCGACCCCACCCAGGAGCUGUCCACGGGGGAGAAAAAGGCUGCGGGGGUGGGGCGGGAACGCGUGACCGGCUUCCACGUGGAGGUGGUGGUGACGGGGGCCGUGGACCAGUGCGUCUUCUACGGCAAGGACAGCACAGAGAAUGUGCAGGAGGAGACUGUGUGUUUCGCUAUGCCCGCGGGGUCGGGGAGCGGCGGCGGCGGAGGCUCGACUGACCCGCUGUCGGACGACCCCCCUCCCGGACAGCUCUUCUUCCUCCAGUCCCCUAGGGGAGCGGAGGAGGAUGUAACGGCACAGACCUCUGGCAGCGGGACAGGAAUGUGCUCUUUGGACUGUGCCAACAACAACAGUCCGGGGGCAGGGGUGGCGGCGGGCUCGGGGGAGCGGGCGGCGCGACCAGACUCCCCCGGCGUCGGGGAGGACUGUUCGGACCCUUCGCUGUGUCGCCUUUACCGCCACGUGUCCCACGACUUCCUGGAGAUCCGCUUCCAGAUCCAGCGGCUCCUGGAGCCCAGACAGUACAUGCUCCUGCUCCCCGACCACAUCAUGGUGAACAUCUUCAGCUACCUGCCCACCCGCGCCCUGGCAGCCCUCAAGUGCACCUGCCACUACUUCAAGGCACUGAUCGAGACCUACGGGGUGCGGGCGGUGGACUCUCGCUGGAACCAGGACCCGCUCUACAGGGACGACCCCUGCAAACAGUGCAAGCGGCAGUAUGAGCGCGGGGACGUCUCUUUGUGCCGCUGGCACCCCAAACCUUACCACCACGACCUGCCUUACGGACGCUCCUACUGGAUGUGCUGCCGGCGGACGGACAAGGACACGCCGGGCUGCCGGGUGGGGCUGCACGACAACAACUGGGUGCAGCAGCCGGCCGACGGCGCCCAGCCCAUCCGCCCCAAGAGGGAAGAAAGGAGGGAGGAGGCCAGGUAGAGGGGAGGGCGGGGGGGUGAAUCCGCCUCAUACACAUCAACUCAUCUCAUAGCUUACCUCCUCCUCCUGCCUCUCCGUCACCGGGCUGAGAACUGGGGUCCAGAGGGGGCGACAGGGAGGGAUCAGCACUCCCUGACUGUUUGCUCGUCUCCUCAUCCUCAUCCUCACUUUCUCUCUGUAAGGAGGUGGAGAUGCGAAGAGAGGAGAGCGGCAUCACACUCCUUGCCUUUCUUUUCCCUCCUUUCCAGCUCCAGAACCCCUCUCUCCCCCGACGCUCUGGAGCGGGUUGGGGGGGGUCCCCUCCUGCUGCUGUCAGUCUCGCCUCUGCCUCUGUCUGAAUCUGCACAUGGAUGUUACAGUAGGCCAUUUAUGUGAAAACGUUGCAGUGUUUUGGAUUGAGAUUAGCAUUCUUAAAGUGACGUGCAGAAAUGUAAUGCCUACCAGCGUGCUUUGGGCUCCCAACACUCGUCCCGGGCGUCCGUGUCAGCUGUACAGAGGGGAGGGAGGGGGGGCUGCGAGGGCCGGGGAAAAGCUUUCGGUGCAGAAUGUUUAGAGUUUCUACAGAAAUGUGAUUGUAAAAAGCAAACUUGAUUUUAUUGUUUUUCCUCCGUUGUACAAGAUGCCCUCUGUAGCGGUCCUGCACCACGCAUUGCUCUGUUCUGAAUGUGCUGUAACGUAUUAAGUGGAUGGGUCCCCUGAUGCUGCUGCUGAACUCCCGGCUCGUCGCUGACGUGGGUUCUGAACGCGGCUCCCGCCUCUCCGACGCUCCAGAGCGCAGCCCGACCUCGCUGACCAGCCAUAAAUAGGAGCCGCUGUCUGGUUUACAGAGAAUUCUGGGAGACGGACUUGAAUGGGAUUUAAAAAGAGAAACUAGAUGUCACUUUGGAAAGGCCUGAUGUCACUUUGUAUGGUUUGAUUGGUUUGUGUGUUUUUUUUUUUUUGCCAUUUUUUUGUUUCUUUCGUUUGGCUGUUUUUAUUGGGUUAUUUUGUGUCUGAAUGUUUGCUGUUGUAUUUGCUUUUAUUCAUGAGGAUUGUGUUCUUCGUGUAUCAGUCUGUCAUCCUACUGAAACAACAAAGUAUAUAUAUAUUUUUUAAACGGUCAUUGUUUUAACCCCCGGCUCUCUUCCUUCCCUGCGCCUCCACAGAGCCAUCGUUCAUACGUUGACGUGUGUCCAACUAUCCCCCACAGACAGCAGAAACUCUCUAUACCAGCUUCCAGCCUUAAAAGCCCCCCUACCUCUUACCCAUCCUUCCAGAGACUGAAGCGUCAGAUACCUCACGGAUGAUCAGAACAUGCUGAAAGUUGCACAGAACCGCAUUGUGGGGCUGGGUUUUUUUUUUAUUUUAAUUUUUUUUUGUUUUUCUUCCACACUCCAUCCAGCACCGCUGGAUCCUCUCAAAAACAUUGAGUGCCUGGUGAUGGCUCUGACUCUUCAAUCUUGGGGGAGGGGUGUUUAAAAAAAAAUGGAGCCUAUUUAUCCCUACCCUCCUCUCCCUCGCUUUUAACCUCCCUGACCACCCCCCCCCCCCACCCCCACCCCUGCAAAGCUGACAGACUGGACGUUGAACUGAUGUGAUGAAUGAUGCUGAAACUGUGCAUGGAGCUGGGAAGAUGGUUGGGACGUCAUGGGAGAGCUCUGUAGGUUGCAGAUGUGUACAAUGCUAAUGGGAAAUAUCUGCUUAAAUAAAAACAAGUGAUGAUUAAAACUGGAAAUCUGAAUGA